CUCGUCAGUUAUAUAAUAUAUAUCCCGAUACCGCUGCCCAGACUGCGGGGAUCCUCUACUGUCCCGUGAUUCCCCGCGACCAGAAAGAAUCGACGCACCAAGAUGGCUGACCCAGGACCGAAUCAUGCCCUCGACUCCGAGUCCCGGGUUGCCAGCAUCAUUGCCUUGUCCGCUGCUACCUGCGCUAUUGCCGUAGCGUCAGUGGCAAUGCGCCUCUACUCGCGGGCUUGUAUCAGCAAGUGGGUGGGGAUCGAUGACUGGUGCAUUCUCGCGGCUGGGUUUUUCGUCAUAGGGACCUCUUUUACAGUACCGUAUCGAACGCGAUAUGGUCUUGGUAGGCAUACUUGGAUGGCGGAAGAUUGGAUGACGGUUCCUCACAUGAAGGUCUUCUAUGCCAGCAUCAUCCUCUACAACGGUGCCUUGAUCUCCGUCAAGAUUUCCUUCCUCUUUUUCUACCGCCGCGUCUUUCCCAACCCAGGACUAUACAGACUCUGCUUUUGGUUUCUCAUCGGCAUGGGCAUUUGGGGUGCUACCGCAAUAGCGCUGAACAUCGUACCUUGUAUACCUAUCAACGGAUUCUGGGACUUUUCGGUGCACGCUUCAUGCAUCCCGAGCAUAGUGGACUGGUAUCUUCAGUCCCUGCUGAUGAUUGUGACGGAUUUUGCAAUACUCGCUCUGCCUCUACCGGCCGUCUGGAAGCUCAAUGCCCCCCGUCGACAGAAGAUUGUCAUGCUUGGCUGUUUUUCUGUGGGAUUUUUGACCUGCCUGAUCUCUAUCCUCCGCUUGUACAGCCUCAAAAUUGCCGCAAACACGACGGAUCCAAACUGGGAUUACGUCGAUGCUGCCAUGUGGUCAGUGGCAGAGGUCAAUGUAGCAGUCUUUUGCGCCUGCCUUCCGACCUUGAAGCCGCUGCUCAGUGGAUGUUCCCGGCGUUUCACGAAUUACUCCAAAGGAUGGCGCAGCCACGCUGACAUGACGCGCGAUCAUAGCAACGAUACCGAUGAAAUACGUGUUAUUGGUGAUGAAGGAUCAAGAGAUGUGCUGGGUACCUUCGAACUCCAUGCGAAAGACUAGAAUACCAAUACAGAGCUUUGUGUAUCUUUGCCUUGUUCAGGGAAAUGCUCAGAUAUUCUACCAGGGCUAUUGACUCCCGUGCUACACCUUCACUUUUGCUCUUCUUUCCUCUUAUGUAUUCUAUCCCACAAAAUAUUUCACGCUUGCAACAGUAG